AUGGUUCUUAAAAUAGGCUGGUCGGACUAUGACUUUAAGGUGACCAUAGCUGGAUUCAGCCUCAACGCUGAGUGCUCUAGACUGAAGGGCAAGAUCUACCCCACAAAGGACUUCCCAGCUGCCCAUAUGCUCAUUGAUUUUCCUUCUGUUUUCGCCGCUCCCUAUGGAGUGAUCGAUACUGACUACGACAGCUAUUCCUGCAUUGACACAGACAAGUACAAGUCCGAGUUCGGCUCCGUGUUCUCCCGUACUCCACAGAAUGCCGGUUCAGCGAUUGACAGGUGUGCCUCCGUAUUCCGCAGGAACGGCGUCGACUUCUCCCUUUUCAUUAUAGUUCCUCAUACAGCCGAAUGUGUUUACAGUGCAUAG